AUGCUGAUCGGUAUCGCCGAGUACAACAGCGGCAAGGGGCAACACUCGCAGAGCGUGUCACUUACAAUACCGGGUCCCGCCCGCCCGUCCAAGCACCAGCGCCCGAGGUCCUUCUCCGUCAACGGCACCUCCAAGCUGUCUGAGAGGGAGACCGCGGGCAGCACCAAGGACGCCAGCCCCUUCACCGUGGGCCGCCUCUUCACGCUCACCACCUGGCUGCUGGAGCAGGAGAAGCGGGAGGUGAUCGACUCGGAGGUGGCCAUCGUCAUCUCCUCCAUCGCCCUGGCCUGCAAGCAGAUCGCGUCCCUGGUCAACCGGGCGGGGAUCAGCAACCUGACGGGGCUGGCUGGCGCUGCCAAUCAGUCUGGGGAGGAUCAGAAGAAGCUGGAUGUCGUGGCCAACGAUGUUUUUGCAAACUGCCUGAGAUCCACGGGCCGCAUCGGAACGCUGGCAUCUGAGGAGGAGGAUGUGCCGGUGUCAGUGGAGGGCUCCUACUCCGGGGACUACAUCGUGGUGUUUGAUCCUCUGGACGGCUCAUCCAACAUCGACGCCGGGAUUUCUGUGGGGUCCAUCUUUGGCGUUUACGACCCCAGCGAGGAGUGUCGGGUGGACGAGCUUGACGACGCCGAGGAGGUGCUGAACAAGUGCGUGCUGAAUGUGUGCAAGGCGGGCUCCGAGCUCCUGGUGGCUGGCUACUGCCUCUACUCCUCCAGCACCGUCCUGGUCCUCACAGUGGGCGACGGCGUGGUGGGCUUCACCUUUGACGCCCUGGUGGGCGAGUUCAUCCUCUCCCACCCUGACAUCAAGGUCCCAGACAAAGGCAAGAUCUACGCUUUCAACGAGGGCAACUACGGGCGCUGGGAGCAAGGCGUGAAGGACUACAUCGACUCGCUCAAGGACGAGAGCAAGUGGGGCGGGACGCCUUACUCCGCUCGCUACAUCGGCUCCCUGGUGGGCGACUUCCACCGAACCCUGCUCUACGGGGGCAUCUACGGCUACCCCGCCGACACAAAGAACAAGACGGGGAAGCUGCGGCUCCUGUACGAGUGCGCGCCCAUGAGCUACCUCGCCGAGCAGGCUGGCGGCCUGGGCUCAACUGGCACCCAGCGUGUACUGGAUCUGGUGCCCGAAAAGAUCCACCAACGCGUGCCUCUCUUCUGCGGGUCCAAGUCGGAGGUGGAGUACCUGGAGUCCUUCUUCAAGUGA